CAGGUACGUAGUUCUGGCGUCCCAGAACUGUAUCACUGUGCGACAGAUGCGUCUUCGUUGGCUGGAGACAUCUGAGGCACACUCCAGCCCCCUGCCUCUUUUUCUGCGUAAGAAACUGUAAGUUAGUAGUGAUGCCAGGAGCCCUUAGUAGCAAAACCAGGGGCCCUAGUAGCGUCCUUUACGACUCAAAACCUCAGGCACAGGUGUGGACACACACACACACACGUAUUUGGUUCAAGGGUCUUUCAGCUCCAGGUGUGUCCAAGUCAGGCACAAGUAUAGACAACACUAUGAUGCGCCGCUCUCGUGCUGCCCAUUGUGGUCUCCUUCUGGUGGCGGGAUGGCAGUUCUUGGCUUUCUCGAUGACGAAGCUGCAGUCCCCGGAACCAGAGGUGAAGUUUGGCAAGUACAGGGGUGAAAUGACAUCAGAUGUGCUUGACAAGGAUCCAGACUACUGCAUCUGGAUCGUGGACACCUACCACUCAGGAGAAGCCACUCCAGCCUUGGGGGAAGUUGCCGAAUGGCUCAUCGAUCACAACCCAGAGCUGACAAACCAAGACGCGAGGCCAAUGGGCUUUGGGGUACACAAGGAGAAGACCCGAGAGUGGGUCAUGAACAAUCACCCUGAUUAUGGAGAGUGGGUCAUCAAACUGGUGCAGAAGAAGGACACCAAAGGUGAAAGUGUCUCGCGUCGAGUGGGGUCCUUUGCAACCUAUGCGGAGGAGUGGUUGAAGGGCGGAGAAGCGUGACUGAGCUGGCAUUGCACGAAGAACAGCUGAAUGUGAAUGGACAUAAUCUAAAUGUGCAAAAGCUCACAUUCACGACAUAGGCUUGUGUUUACAAGAGUUAGAUGUUCGGGCAAUAGCAUCCGGACGAAUUGGGGGUUGCUCAGCUGCAUUGACGGCAGUUGAUCAGAUCAAGCAUUCUGGGUGAAAAAUACCAUGUAGGCACGUGGAUUGCCUCCGUCUCAAGCUCCAAUGCCUGGUUGUUGGUUUUCCUUCAGCCCAAGAGGUACGCUCCUUGCUGCUGCAGCGGUCUUCAUGGCUGCAGUGUCCUCCCCCCGUGCAGCCUCUGAACAUCUACACGGGACAGAGGUGAUUGAAUCCCAAAUGCGAGGCCUGGACGGCACCCAUCUCCCUCGCGGUUGUCGUUGAGGUGCAGAGACGCAAAAGCAGGCGCAGAGG